AUGGGGGUAACGUUACAUGAAAGGUGCAACGACAAGGACACCAACGUUGAUGUUGACAAUGACAGUGACGGUGCUAGUGCUAACAUCGUCAAGGAAAACGAGUAUGAUUUGUAUAACCUUGUAUACACAUUUAAAGAGACACAACCUGUAACAGCAGUGAGAAUAUCACCCGAUGGAACCUUGUUAGCAGUAUCUACAGCAAAAGUUGUUAGAAUCUUUAAUCUCGAGACAAGAGGUCUUGUAACCGAGCUAGUUGGGCAUACAAAGAAUGUAUCGGAUAUAAAGUUUUCGCCUACAAACUCAUCGAUUAUAGCAUCGUGUUCAGACGAUUUAACAAUUCGAAUAUGGUCGUUUAACAAGCGUGCUUCGUCAUCCAAGUGUCUCAAGGUGUUCAAAAAACACACGUAUCAUGUCACCACCAUCCAGUUCAACUCCAAGGGAAACUUGCUAAUCAGUGGUUCAGCAGAUGAGACAAUUACGAUAUGGGAUAUUAUUUCGGGAAGGAGCCUAACGACACUUGCUGCCCAUUCUGAUCCCAUAUCAAGUCUUACACUAACACCAGAUAAUUCUAUAAUAAUAAGUGCCUCAUACGACGGCUUGAUUAGAUUAUUUGAUUUAGAAACUUUUCAGUGUUUAAAAACGCUAACAACAAAUACGUCUCAUGGAACUGCAACGGUAUCGCUUUCUACUAAAGAUUUGCAAAAUUUUCCAAUUGGUUAUGUUGAAAUAUCACCAAAUGGCAAAUUCGUGUUAAGCACUAGUCUAGAUGGUGUUAUUAGACUAUGGAACUACAUGGAGAAUAAAGUCGUCAAAACGUUUAUUGCUGGCGAAGAUAGUGUCGUUUGCGUAAAGUAUAAUUGCGAACUGAAAUUUGUCACUUUUAGUGGCAAUAGCAGUAGCAGCAGUAGCAGCAGUAGCAGCAGAAGCAGCAGAAGCAGCAGCUUGAUUGUUAGUGGCAGUGAUUCAAAUGGCAUCCUAUGUUGGGAUAUCAAACUGAAGAGCUUAGUAUGGCAUUACAAAGGUGAGCAAAAGGGCAACAAAAGCAUAUCUCCUGUUUUAUCGUUGGAUACCUUUGAGGAAGGAAGAGUUUUGGUGAGCGGCGCAUUAGAUGGGGUGGUAAACGUCUUUGAAAUUAAUCCUCAAGCACACUAUCGAGAAGAGCAAGAUAGUGGAGUACACUAG